AUGCUCAUCUUCUUGGCUUUAAAGGGCCUGUUUGCCACCAUAAGUGCUCUAAGCUGCUUUUCCCCCAACACCACCGUUAAUAUUUUGCUUAACAAGCAUUCAUUAGCAAUUACAGUCUGGCCGCUGCCACUAAAUCACCAGACCGCCGACUGCUCCAUCCUCCAGGGCACAACAGGGAUGACGGCCACUGCCAUGGUAGGGUCGUACACAUUUUCAUCGAUAAGUGUUCCGUUUUGGAGUAUGGAGCAGCCUAACUUACUAACAUUUACCUGUCCAACAGAUAAAACAGCCACUUCAGAUUGCCAGACAAAUCUCACUGGGUCUACAGUGGUCCAGGUGGAACUCAACUACGCUAGCUCGAAGGUCUCGUUAGUAACAACCAAUGUCUACUACACUCUCACGAAUAACUCUGCUUGCUGGACGGAUCCUAGGGUCUCGGUGGAUUAUUUCAAUAAGGAGAUAUGCUUUUUAGUGACUCCUUCGGACUGCGACCUGCCCAAGGACACUAAUUUGCAGAAUACUUAUGAGGCCUUCAUGUUGAUUCAUCUGGAUACACUACCGGAUGCUUAUCUAAACAUAACAUUAUCAUCCCAUGGCACAAAUGCUCAACUACCCAACUUUAUCAGACCGUAUACCCAUAAUUUAGUAACUCAAUUUUGCUACUCAUGCAACGGGGUUCGCUACCCUGGUAACGACUGGCUUACUAAUUCAAACAAAUACGAUAGAUGCAUAGAGCUUAUUGAUAUCCUCAAGGUGGAGACAGCGUGGUCUGCAACCUUGAUUGUCUAUGUGCCCAUUCCUGGUACGACAAAGUCGAAGACCCCCACAGCGGUCUCAUCUUCAGAUCCUCAGGUAGAAGUGGUGACCCCAAGCACAGUUGCUCAAGCAGGGAUUGUCUCUGCUGUCAAGGCCAGCGCAGGGUACUCUAAGUGCUAUAAGUCUGUUAUAGUGCAGGUCUACUUUGGGGUCCUCGCUGUGCUUCUUGAACGUGAUUCCGCUUCAAUCUGCAACGACCUAAUAGACUACCAUAAAAUCAUCGUCUGCGGAGAGCUUACAACUGCACAGGACACCUCGUUACUUGCACCUACUAUUAGGAUAUCCCUCGAAAAUUCAAACUUUACAUUCAAACGGACAAAGCAGUUCCUUCCAUGCACCACUGUUACAUGCCUCAGAGAUAUGAAUAGGCUGCUGGCUGGCAAUCUGUCGUUGACAGGUUCAUUCACCUUACAGUACUUUUCAGGAAAAGCUCUUCCCGAGACCAUUAUUCCCUAUCCUGGGAGUGUUCAGCGAACAUGCUUUUCCAGGGCUACCCUUGUCGUGGCAACUAAUUUGGCCAUAUUACGACCCAUCGGAAGAUCCCCGGCGGAAUGCCCCGUUGCUGAGGGCAUGACAGAAGUUACUUUAGACAUCUACAUCCACUCUGGCACUAGCAUUUCAGCAAUCACUUUGGAAAGGCUUUUUGUGCGAAUGUCUGGGGAGACAGAGUACAAGAGGGGCAAAGAACUAGUAUUUACUUGCGAUACAAUGUAUCAGCGGGGAGUAUACUCGUCUGAAAACGUUCCUAAGCAGGAUAUCGAGUACUACGUGACAGGAAGCUGUUCUAGCAAGCUGAAAAGUGUCCUGGAAGCUUACAAAAACGGUACCGGCGUAUAUGCCGAGACUUCCUUCCGCCCCACUGACUCUGGAGCGCCCGCUGCGGAUAUUCACAAGGAGUAUCAAUACAUAUUUAUAAAAGAAAGUUACUUUGAAAGUGGACUUAUUUCUGCGAGUAUUGCUGCAACAGUAUUGAUUUGCGGGAUUAUAGUUCUCACAAUGACGUACACUAAAGGGUAUAUAAUGGAGCCCUAG